UCAUCUCUGCGUUCUGCGCGGCACAAAGGAGCUGGGCGGAAACAGCGGAGCAGCGGCGUGGGGGCGGGGACUGAAGAGCGUAAAGGACCAAUCACAAGCGGAGGGAUACGUUUCCAUGGGAACGCCAGAAUCCCGCCAGUAAACCCUUGGCCUUCCCCGCGGUGUCCCGCCCCAUCCUUCCCCCCUUUCCUGUACCCUCCUCGUUUUCCCCCUUCCCUCCCUCCUUCCCCCUCCUAUUUUCCCCAUUUUUAGGGACCCUCAGCUCCAGUAAUGUUGCUACAGGUGCAUUAGACCGGCCUCUGAAAGGCUGUAAUGGCUGAUGUUGCAGCCGCCGCCGCCGUUCUGCUGCCGGACCUGGCCUAGGCUAAUACUCGGUGAUCUCUGGGGCUCAUCAGAGGUAAUCGGGAGUUUGGCCAGGAUGAGAAUAUCUUAAUGCUACACCUACAGUGCUUAAGUUUGUUUGCCUCCAUUAUAACGCCAACACGUCAGGUUGUAGAAGUGACGCAAGCAGGAGAACAGGAGCUACAGCACUGCAGCCAAAUACUUGCCAUCUCUAGAGUGAGGAAGCGAAUAUGUCACGUAUUCUAAGUAAAAGAGAAAAUUCUAAGAAAGAUGUCAUUACAUCAUUUCCUUUACGGAAGGAAGAAAACGACAAGGAGGACACGUAUGAAGACGCCUAUGAAAUUAUCCCUGCGGCAACAACAAUGAAUCUAGUAUCUUCCCUGGAAGAAUGCACAACUGGGUUGUAUUUGUUUCUAAAUAACAGAUUCUCAGAAGCCAUAAACCUCAUUUACCCGUGGUCAAAAAACAGCAUAUACCACGCUCUAGUUAAUGGCAUCCUUAUGGUUGUGAAAGCCAUCUUGACUUUUGAUCCACAGGAUAUAGACAUUGGAAUGACGGCUGCAAAAGAAGCGUUGAAAACGUGUAACAGUUUCCGAAGAAAAGGCAGGAUGACAAGUUUUUCUCGUCUAGUGAGUAAACAGGGGAUAAAGGCUAUCAAAGAAGAGGAGCUGCAUGCUGAAGUCUGCUAUGCUGAGUGUUUGAUCUUGAAAUCUGCUGUGACAUUUAUACAGGAUGACAGUAUGUUUGGCUUUCUUAAAAGUGGGAUCAACAUUGGGUUAAGUUACCAAAUAUACAAAGACUGUCAACAAAUACUAACACAGAUACCUACCAACCAAAGCAAAACCUCUAGACACCUGAUUGGAGGAGUAAAAUUUGGACUUGGGGCCUUCAAUCUGAUAUUAUCACUUAUGCCACCAAAGACACUUAAAGUACUCAAUGUUGUUGGCUAUCAUGGUGACAAACAGGUAGGCUUGACUUUGCUUCAUGAGAGUGCAUCUGAAUCCCAUAUAAAUAAUGUCUUAAGUAUUUUGACUCUACUCUUCUAUUACAGUUACGUCUGCGUAGCUUUUGGUAUUGAAACGAGUCACAGUUCUCCUAUAGACCAUCUCUUCCUAAUUUAUCUCCAGAAAUUUCCAAAGUGUGUCAUACUUAAAUUUUUUUACGCACGUUUCAGUAUGCUGAAAGGCAAGUUUGAGCAUGCACAGUUAACAUUACAGGAGUGCAUUUUUCUUCAGAAUGAAUGGAAGCAACUUGAUCACAUCUGUUACUGGGAACUCAUGUGGUGCCACAUUUUUGUACAGGAUUGGAAGGAGGCCUACCGCUAUGCUGAUCUGCUACUUCAAGACAGCAAGUGGUCCAAGGCAAUGUAUUCAUACAGUAAAGCUAUGCUACUGGCUUUGCUGCCUUCUGAAUUUGCUAAAUCAGUAAGCGAGGACAUGAACUCUCUUUUCUUAAGUGUGGAUAGCCUGAGAAUCAGACUUUUAGGAGCUUCUGUGCCAGUAGAAAAGUUUGUUGCUGAGAAGGGUCAGCGCUAUGGUACUACUAAAGGCUGGUUUAUAGCACAGCCCAUUCUGGAAUUCACUUAUGCCUGGAGUGGUUUCCACGUCAUGAGCAAAAGACUACACCUUAUUUCAUGCUGGCUUGCAAUAAUUAACAGAGGAGAAGAACUUUUACGAGAAAAACCAAAUAAAGAGUAUGGCACGGAUGACCUAUGUUUGCUAAAUUUACUGAAAGGUCUCUGUCUGAAACACUUAGGCAAAUAUUUGAUGGCUGAGCAGUACUUUAAUCGUGUCAUUCAAAAGGAGAAAUUGUUAAAAUAUGACCACUAUUUGGUGCCGUACACUUACUAUGAACUGGGAAUUCUAUACUAUCUGAAAGGAGAUUAUAGCAGUGCAACGAAAAACCUAGACAACAUAAAAAACUACAAAGACUAUUCCAUGGAAGCCCGGUUACAGUUUAAGGCGCAUGUAGCUCUUGAACAAAUAGCUAAAGAAAAGUGAUUAAGAUACAAAGUGUAGUUUUGUUUACUAUGAGUGAAGCAUCUACAGUCAGCAAGAUCAUUAACAGGUAGAUAAAUAAUUUCUUUGUCGAAGAAAUCCAAGAAGAGGCAGCUACUAAGAAUCUGAUGUAACAAGAAAUUCCUUUUCCCUCUUUCCUCCUUCAUACCGAUAAAAUGGAAUGUCUUAUACUGGCAAAUGGAGUGAUGUAAAUUCUUGAAAAAGAAAAGGCAAAUGAUGUACAUUAUAAAAGACUAGGGGCCCA